AUGGCCACCGACCGAAAGUCCCGCCUCAAGGGUCGACGAGUCAAUGUUCUCGUUUUCGUGAACUGCGCCCUUGGCCCUCAGCUCCUUCCUUACCUCCUCCAAAACCCCGACCUGAAUGUACGAGUCGUGUGUGACAUGCCCAAGGCCGAGUAUCAGUCGUACACGAAGUCCAGCGUCAACCUUGACCAGGUGCCAUGGUUCGAGAACACGUCGCGGGACACGGGCCGAAAUCAGCGAAGUCACACCAUGAUGCAAGCCCACAGACUGGCACGAUGGGCUGACCUCAUGUUCGUGAUCCUCAACGCCCAGCUGGUUUCGGCCAUGCUGAAUGGUCUCGCCACAGAUCUUAUCCUGCACGUGCUGCGAUGUUGGGAUGUGACGAAAAGAGUUGCUCUCCUGCCUGAGAUGAGCGAGGAUCAACGGAGACACCCCAUAUGGAGGAAGCAAUUGUCUAAACUUGAACACAAGUGGGAGUGGGUGCGCGUCCUGCCACCGGCAAUAUGGGACUAUUCACCAGACAUGCCCGGAUUCACAAUACAUGGGCCAGAACCUAUCUUCACCGACCCCGAACCUGUCAUUGUAUGGCAUUGGGACGGUCCGGGAGAAAUUAUUGAGACCAUCGAAAGUGAGGUUCAGAGCAUCCUCCGGUCGACAUCAAAAGCAAAUGCCAUGGUGCCGUACCCGUCACCCGCCCAUGCCGCCUCGAAACCGCGAUUACCUAGCGAGAUUUGGACCAUGAUUCUCGAGAACGUGGGCGAUUGGGAGCUUGCGACGGCGCUGGGCAUCUACACACAACUCCCGAUGCCACACGAGUGGGAGUCGUUGAUUCCAGAGCCAGGCUCUAAGAAGCCUCCCUCGCUCGAGUUCGCCAUCCUCACGCAGCCAGUAUCUCAGAUCAAGACGUACUUUACCAACACCACCUCCUCGCAGCCGCCGACUACGCUCUCGUCCAUCGCCACCCGCUUGAUAUUUCGCUUCAGCAUGACGGAACUUUUGACCUACCUCGCUCUCCACCAGAAGGACAUUUUUUGGACAUCAUUUGGCCUGGCACUUCUGCCACACAAGGCGUCACUGAUCUACAACUCGCCUACCAUAUUGACAUGGUGGAAAGACUGCCCGGCCGUCAUCAAGAAAGAGUAUGGACCCGAGGCUCUAGAUGGUGCCUCACGAGCUGGAUUUGUCGAAGUACUGGACUGGUGGCUAGAUUCUGGGCUGAAAUUGACCUAUACAGAGAAGGCCCUGGAGUCGGCGUCGGCCAAGGGACAUGUUGAAGUGCUAGAGUGGUGGCGGGUCAAUUCUCUCAAGCUGGCAGGCACGUCCCGUGAGCUGCCUUUGAAAGUCGGCAAAUCCAUUCUACUUGCCGCCCAGGCCGGCCGCACCAAUAGCAUUGAAUGGUGGGAGAACAGUGGCAUACCCUACGCUCAUGAGGACGGCGUCGCUCGUUUGGCCUCGGCUCAUGGACACGUUGGUGUUCUCGAGCUGUGGCAUAGCUUCAAAGGAAGCAAGAUGAUUUUCGACAAUCAAGUUCUCGUGGGUGCGACGAAAAACGGCCACGCGGGAGUGCUGCAGUGGUGGAAAGACGUGUCACGGAAGACAGGCUUGAGGGUCGAAUACAAGACCUGCGAUAUCGAGGAGGCCAUGGAAGAUGCUGUCGGCGGUGGAGGCGAAAGUGAAGUCCGGGAAUGGUGGAGUCGUAAUGGGUUGAAUCUAGGUGUUGGUACGGGGGAAUGGAUGAGGGUCAAGACAUUAUGA